AUGGAAGUCAACUAUCAGCCUAGGACGCAGCAGCAGACCUGCCCGCCGUAUCGGCAGAUCCGGGCGCUUUACGACGACUCCACCAUCACCGUCUACCAAGCAUACAACCGUAUAAUCGCCGAGGCGGCGGUUGAGGCCCAGCGGCUCAAUGCGUCGCCGACGUACCGCGCCGGGCGGAUGACGUGGAUUAAGCCUAGCUGGGCCUGGAUGAUGUACCGGUCUGGCUACUCCUUCAAAGACCCCGGACAGGAGCGUAUCCUUGCUAUCACUAUGAAGCGGGAGCACUUUAUCGCUUUGCUCAAGCGCGGCGUCCUAACUAAGAAGCGCCGACCUCCCCUCGAGGAGUCGUCAUCACCAUCCUCGUCAUCGCGCGCCAAUAACAGCAAGAACAACGAUAAUACAUAUAGCGACGCUAACUCCAGCAGCUCGGCGGACGUAAGAAUCCAAUGGGAUCCAGAGCGGACGGUGCGGCUCGAGCCGCUGCCCUACCGUAGCAUCCAGAUCGGUAUCCCGGCGGCGCUCAGCAGCAUCUGGGCCAACGAAUACAUUACCGAGAUUCGAGACGUCACCGACCGCGCGCAGGAGCUAAAGAGGGUUCUAGAGAAGCGGCCAGGAAUCACGGCGGCGGAGCUCGCCGAGCUGGGGCUGGUACCGGAGGAGAGGCCGUUUCUAGUCUCAGAUGAGCUUGCGGCUAUCCUGGAAAUGGACGUCCAGGUGUGA